AUGGCGCUCCACGUUGCAGAGCAUGAGCCAUUGCUGGUGGAGACGACUGAUAGCGAGGCUGUCGUUGCCUUUGGCGCUCACGACAAAGACGAUCCGCGCAACUGGAGCACGACACGAAAAUGGCUCAUGGUCGGCGCCAUCAUUCCGAUAGAUUUGAGCGUUUCUUGGGGUGCGUCCGGCUUCUCGCCUGCAGCGUCGGAUUUCGCCCGCGACAUGCAAGUGUCACCACAAGUAGCCACACUGGGUCUCAGCAUGUACAUCCUAGGUCUUGCAUUUGGCCCCAUGAGCCUAGCUCCGCUUUCGGAAUACUUUGGACGACGACCAGUAUACGUUGUAUCAUACGCAGUCUUCCUAUGUAUGCUCCUCGGUACUACAUUUGUCGAGAGUUUGGGAGGCUUCUUAGCGUUGCGAGUCCUAUCUGGCUACUUCUCAUCGGUUACAAUAAGCAACUUUGGAGGCACAAUAGCUGACCUCUUCCACCAUCACGACACCGGUCCAGCAAUGUCUUGGUUCCUUUGGGCUGCGACAGGUGGUUCGCCGACUGGCUUCGUACUCUUCUCAGUCAUUGCACAGGGAAGGUCUUGGCACUCGGUCUUCCGCAUCAUGUUCUACAUCUGCCUGUCUUUCUGGGUCAUCCUUGUUGUGGCUCUCUAUGCCCUCGGUGAGACUCGACACAGCGUGUUGCUUGCUCGGAGAGCCAAAGUGGCACGCAAGACUACUAGAAAUGACAACGUUGAUGUACCGGACGAACUAAAGCAGAAGAAUCCUACACAAGUUUUUGGUUCAACGCUAGUGCGACCGUUCCGCUUCCUUGCUACAGAAGCUAUCGUGCAGUUCGGAGCGCUGUGGAAUGGGUAUCUCUAUGGGGCAUCCUUUUUGUUCAACGGCGUCUUUCACCUCAUUUUCGGACCCGAUGGAUACGGAUACGACACUGUCGGUAUUGGUUUCGCGUUCUUGGGUAUCGUUUUCGGCGUCACCGCGGGCCUGGCUACCAACAUCUACCAAGAGCGCUAUUAUCAACGUCAGGUCGCCCUUGCCGGCCAUCGCGAUGUACCCGAGGCUCGCGUCCAUCACGCAAGAGCGGCUGCCAUCGUGCUUCCUAUCUCCCUUCUCGUGUUCUCUUUCACGGCCAAACCCUCAAUCCACCCACUCGUCUCCAUCAUAGCCAGUGCCUUCUGGGGCUGGUCUUUUUACACGCUUAUCUUGAUGACGUUGACAUAUACCGAGGAUGCGUACAAGACGUACUCAGCUUCUGCGUUGGCGGGUAUCGGCCUGGUACGCAAUAUCGCAGGCGCUGGUUUUCCCCUGCUUGGCCGGCUGCUGUUCAUCCACGUAGGGACCAAGAUUGCUUGCAUUAUAUUAGCCGGCGUGUCGCUUUUCAUGGCGCCGAUUCCUUUCAUACUAGCAAAGCACGGAGAAGCGUUGCGUCGACGAAGUCCCUGGGCUGCUGCUCAUGAAGACGAGGAUGAGGAUGCCGCAGAAGCCUGA